AUGGAGGACAGGAAGAGACCCGCGUCUGGCGCGGUCGACGACUACCCACCAAGCAAGCGACAGGCAGUCAACGGCAGCAGCAAGUCCAAGGACGACUCUGGCGACAUGAAAGAGGAGGCUUGGAUUGAGGAAUACCAAAAAGGUGCCAUCUACCGGCAGAUGCUGGAAUACAAGCGGGAGAAAAUCAACCUGGAAAGUCGCGUUCUCGAACUUGAGAGGGGUUCCACCGAUCACGACGACCACAUUCGGAUAGUAGAUGCGUGGGUACUUCAGCUACUGCAAGAAAUUGAACUCCUUGUAGAAGGCGCGACAUCAUCACGGAAUUCCGCGGACCUAGCACCAGGCUCCGCUCUUUCUUUCAAGGACAGCAAAGAAUUCCAGAAGCACCUCGGCGACAAAGGCAAGGCGCUCAAAUCCAAGACCGACGCCAUUCUAAAGCGGCUUUCCGGGGCGCGAGGUGAGGUGAAGCCGGAAGUAGCGCAGCUCGAAUCCCAGGUGAAAUCACUGCUAGCCCAGCAGAAGGAGUUGAUGGUCAAGGUCGAUCGGCUCGAGACACAGAACGCGUCACUCUCAGAACAAUACGACAAGGCCACUCUCAAGGUCAUCAAGGCGGAACGCAAGCUCGACCGGGCCAAGAGUGCGCAGGUACAGAAACUGGAACAGCAAGCGUUGGCUGGCGCCACAUCCCUUCCGGCUUCCAAGGACGAGAAUGGCGCCGGGUCGGACAUGUCAAACGGGGACAGUGGGACACUCAAGCUGCAGUACCAGGAAGCCAUGGCCAUCGUGGAGAAACAGAAACAGCAACUCGACGCCGCGCUUUCCGAAAACAAGGCGCUGACCGAGGAAAACUCGACCUACAAGAUCAAGAAGGAGGCCGUGACGGAUGAAGAAUACGCGCGCACUGACGUGUUCAAGCUUUUCAAAGGACAGAACGAGGAUUUGAUUCGGCGUAUUAACCACCUGGAGGCCACGAACAAGCAACUGCGGGAAGAAGCGGAAAAGCUACGGGGUGAAAGGACCGAGUGGAAGAUCAAGUUAGAAACCGAGGCGCAGGGAGUCACGGUUGAGCUUGAGGACCAACUCCAGCAAAAGGACCAGGACCUGACACGUAUCCGAUCCGCCCGCGACGAACUAUUGGCCGAGGUGACGAUGCGCAAGGCGAGCCAGGACCAGGAAAAGACGGCUCUAGCACAAAUCAAGGAGUUGACAGAGGUCCAAGUAGACCGCAUCGCGCAGCUCGAGUCUGAGCUCGACCGGCUACGACCCAGCGAGGACGCCGCCAUGACGGACCCGCGUCCAGACCUUGAGGCACUAGCGGUCGAGGAACUCCGACAGCGAUACAUCAAACUCGACAAGGACUUCGAGGCGAUCAACAAGGAAUUGCCGCUUCUGGAGAAGUCGUACAAGAAGUCGGUGGCGCUGGGGCACAAGAAGGUUAUGGAAUUCCACAACCUUGAAGAACGAGUGGCGACGCUUACGGCUGAGAAGGCCAAGGCGGACCAGAAGUACUUUGCAGCCCGGAAGGACAUGGACAUCAGGUCGGCAGAGAUCAGGACGCUUCGGGCGCAGAACGGCAAGAGCUCGGAGAUCAUCUCGCAACUCAAGGAGGUCGAGACGCAGAACCGGGCUCUUAUUGGCAGCCUCGAGAAGCAGAUCGCGACGCUGAAGCACGAGAUUUCGACGGCCACGGCGGAGCGGAAGAGGCUGGAACAGCUGAGCACGGAGGCGACACGCAAGGCGGACUCGUGCAAGUCGCAGAUCUCGAGCCUGGCGGAUCUUGUCAAGGCCAAGGACGGCGCGGUUGCCGCCAUGAAGGAGCAACUCAUGAAGGCGGAAUCGGAGCUCGAAAGGGUCAAGGUGGACGUCAAGGAGAUCAGCAAGGACUGCAGCAAGUGGAAGACCAAGUGCCAGAGCAACUCGACCGAGGAGGAGGAAGCACUGAGGAAUUUGGUCAUUUGCUCUGUCUGCCGCAGCAACUUCAAGAACACGAUUCUCAAGGUCUGCGGGCAUGUUUUCUGCAGCGGCUGCGUGGAGGAUCGGAUCGCCAACCGGAUGCGGAAGUGCCCAAGCUGCAACAAGUCCUUCGACCGAAACGACGCCAUGGCUGCUCAUUUGUAA